AAUGUAUCGAAUCAGGUGUAUAGAAUAAAAACGAAACAUCGUAGGUUACCCGCGCAGUAUAUCAGUGCACCUCACGACGUAACGAUCGCAACAUGGCCGGUACAUACCGUUGGGUCCCCGCGUGCCUCAGCCAGCGCAGCAUCCCGCCUGGCGCGCUAAGGGUUGGCACCGAUGCCGAUGGGGAUGAGAUCUACGCAGGGCGCGCACCGCACGAGGGUGACAUAUUACCUGCGAAGGUCAUUCCUACUAAAAACGCCUGCUACAUUGCCUAUGGUGGAGAGGAGAUCUUGAAGGAUCAAUUUGAGGUGCUGGUGCCAGCGAUGUUCUCUUGGCAGUUCUCUACAAACGGUGCGACGCCACCGGGCGCGGUGGAAGCGGGCGUCACCGCUGAUGGAGAGAAACUGUACUUCGGCAGGGUAACUCACGACGGCUGCACCACACCUGGAAAGAUUCAUCCAAGCCACGGCGUAUGUUACUAUCCUUUCGAUGGCGAAGAGAGAAGCAGCUCAGAGUACGAGUGCCUGGUCCUUAUGUAAACCUCAAAGACUUUUAUACAUCACGAAGACCACCUUACGGACCUCAUGAAGAUCUCCACAAAAAACUAAACGUGGUCAAUUAAUAAGAGCCUAGCUGCAAGGCGCUAGAAGUAAAUCUAGAUAAAUAAUUUAUAUUAAACCUCUUUUUAAUAACCAAAUAUUACUUUAUAUCAUUAGAGCAGUUUUAAACGAAUUUUAUAAUAAAAAAAAAUGAUACGAUUUAAUAUAAUAUAUAAAUCUUCAAAUAAAGCAUUUUUACUAUA